GGCCACCUCAGGAACAUGUUUAACGUGGAAUCUGUGGAGCGGGUGGAGCUGUGCGAGAGCCUGCUCACUUGGAUCCAGACCUUCAAUGUGGAUACACCAUGCCAGACCGUGGAAGAUUUAACAAGUGGGGUUGUGAUGUCCCAGGUUCUUCAAAAGAUAGAUCCUGUAUAUUUUGAUGAUAAUUGGCUAAACAGAAUCAAAACUGAAGUGGGAGACAAUUGGAGGUUAAAGAUUAGUAAUUUAAAGAAAAUUUUAAAAGGAAUCUUGGAUUACAAUCAUGAGAUUUUAGGACAGCAGAUUAAUGAUUUUACCCUUCCUGAUGUGAACCUUAUUGGGGAGCAUGCUGAUGCAGCAGAGCUCGGAAGGAUGCUCCAACUCAUUCUAGGCUGUGCCGUGAACUGUGAACAGAAGCAAGAGUACAUUCAAGCCAUUAUGAUGAUGGAGGAAUCUGUUCAGCAUGUUGUCAUGACAGCCAUUCAAGAGCUAAUGAGUAAAGAGUCUCCUGUCUCUGCUGGAAAUGAUGCCUAUGUUGAUCUUGAGCACCAGUUGAAGAAAACUACAGAAGAACUAAACGAAGCUUUGUCAGCAAAGGAAGAAAUUGCUCAAAGAUGCCAUGAAUUGGAUAUGCAGGUUGCAGCACUACAAGAGGAGAAAAGUAGUUUACUGGCAGAAAAUCAGAUAUUAAUGGAAAGACUCAAUCAGUCUGAUUCUAUAGAAGAUCCCAAUAGUCCAGCAGGAAGAAGACAUUUGCAACUUCAGACUCAGUUAGAGCAACUUCAAGAGGAAACAUUCAGACUAGAAGCAGCGAAAGAUGAUUAUCGAAUACGCUGUGAGGAGUUAGAAAAGGAAAUUUCUGAGCUUCGACAGCAGAAUGAUGAACUAACCACUUUGGCAGAUGAAGCUCAAUCUCUCAAGGAUGAAAUAGACGUUCUCAGACACUCAUCUGAUAAAGUAUCUAAACUAGAAGGUCAAGUCGAAUCUUAUAAAAAGAAGCUGGAAGACCUUGGGGAUUUGAGGCGACAGGUUAAACUCUUAGAAGAAAAGAAUACUAUGUACAUGCAGAACACUGUCAGUCUGGAGGAAGAAUUAAGAAAGGCUAAUGCAGCCCGAGGUCAGCUUGAGACGUACAAGAGACAGGUUGUAGAACUGCAAAAUAGAUUAUCUGAUGAAUCAAAGAAAGCAGAUAAGUUAGAUUUUGAAUAUAAGCGGCUAAAAGAAAAGGUUGAUGGUCUUCAGAAAGAAAAAGAUAGGUUAAGAACAGAAAGGGAUUCUCUGAAGGAAACCAUUGAAGAGCUUCGCUGUGUCCAGGCUCAGGAGGGGCAGCUCACCACUCAAGGGUUAAUGCCUUUGGGAAGCCAGGAGUCCUCAGACAGCCUCGCAGCAGAGAUUAUUACACCUGAAAUCAGGGAGAAACUUAUUCGUCUUCAGCAUGAAAAUAAGAUGUUAAAAAUCAAUCAAGAGGGUUCAGACAACGAGAAAAUUGCCUUAUUGCAGAGCCUUCUAGAUGAUGCAAACCUACGCAAGAAUGAACUGGAGACAGAGAACAGGCUGGUGAAUCAAAGACUUCUAGAAGUACAGUCACAAGUAGAAGAACUGCAGAAAUCUUUGCAGGAUCAAGGCUCAAAAGCAGAAGAUUCAGUUCUUCUAAAAAAGAAGCUUGAAGAACAUCUAGAGAAGCUGCAUGAAGCCAACAACGAAUUACAGAAAAAGAGAGCCAUUAUUGAAGAUCUUGAGCCAAGAUUUAACAACAGCUCUUUAAGGAUUGAAGAAUUACAAGAAGCUUUACGGAAGAAAGAAGAAGAAAUGAAGCAAAUGGAAGAACGCUAUAAAAAAUACUUAGAGAAAGCCAAAAGUGUUAUUCGUACAUUAGACCCUAAACAGAAUCAAGGAGCUGCACCAGAAAUACAAGCUCUUAAAAACCAACUGCAGGAACGGGAUCGACUGUUCCACUCAUUAGAGAAAGAAUAUGAGAAAACGAAGAGUCAAAGAGACAUGGAGGAGAAAUACAUUGUUAGUGCCUGGUACAAUAUGGGAAUGACUCUACAUAAAAAGGCGGCUGAAGAUAGACUAGCUAGCACAGGUUCAGGGCAGUCCUUUCUAGCAAGGCAAAGACAAGCAACCAGCACAAGAAGAUCCUAUCCAGGCCAUGUCCAACCAGCCACAGCAAGGUAGAGAGGUCUCACCCAUUAGGGAUUUUUAAAAAACAUACUUCUGUUACAUAUAACAACAUUUCAGGAAAUUCAGCCAGCUUAUUUUAUUUCUCUCCUAUGUUAAUACUUAGUGUUUCUCACAUGAGGAUUUCUCUCUCUGUCUCUCUUGUAUCUUUCAGUUUCUUUGUCCUUUACUUUAUGGUCUUUUCAGUUUCUUUUAAUGUGCCAAAAAUUUGUAAAUGUACAAUUAAAAGUGUUGUAUAAUAGUGUAAUACUUUUCUUUGUAUGAAAAUGUCUUCUUCCCCAUUUGUGUGGGCUUUGUAAAGAAUCGAUUUUCUGCCAAUAAUUGAUACACAAUUUAUAUUCUUUAUCGUGCCUACUGUGUUACCAUACUUUAUAAGAAUGUCUUUGUUUAAAGGGAAUUAAUCUUUUUAUGGUGUAUUAAUCUGUGUUUUCAAUUGUUUUUCAAAUGCACUUCAGAUAACUUAAAUAUUUACUGUACUAUACAAAGUGGUAUCUAGUGCGCUUUUGCAAAGACAAAUAUGUUGGCAGAGGCACUAGUCAAAUCAUUUGGCACCUGGCAAGAUGGCUCGGAGGGAAGACAAGAGUUUUCAUGUUAUUUUCCUAGAAAUUAAACUUAUUCUAAGAUUUGGAAUCCAUUUUAAAAGCAUAAGUAUGUGGAAUGUCAUUAUUUCCUGCUGUCAUGUUUGAUGGCAGAAAUGAAAUUGGUAAAGAUGUUUGGGUAGACAUUAUGGAGGAUAAAAAUUUGACAGGAUUUUUUUUCUUCCUUUGGAAUGUCUUAGUAGUUAGAAGAAUCAGAUUCUAGCCACGCACUUUUAAUUGCUCUCCACAUGUAAAAGAUUUAUUUUUCAUAUAGGUAGCCUUAUCUUUGGGGGUAGUUCUUUAACUUAUGCCUCAUAUGUUUUAUAUAUUCUGUGAGCCUUUCCUUUUCUCAAUUAAUCUUUAUAGCUAAUGUCUUAAUAACAUUCGUUAAGAUCAGUACAUGCCUUUCUGUGUGUAAUGUUAUGACAGAUCUAUUUACAGUGUUUCUUAACUCUCCCUACAUGUCCAGGAAUUGGUAACUGGAGAGAUUUUUCUUGGAUAUUUGACUGUUCAAAUUGCUUACAUUGUAUGCCACAUUUAUUUACAUAGAUGAAUGCCUGUUAAGCAAUCACUGUGAAGCACUUUGUCUAUAUAAGGUAUUAUAUAAUUUUAAACUAUCAUUUAUUUGAAAAUGACAUACCUUUUGUCUUUUUCCAUAUUGAUUUAUGUAUUUGAUCCCAAAUUAUAUUUAAGGUUUUCUCCAGCCUUUUUCUUGUUCCAAACCACAUUUUUCAUAAAAAAAAAAUAAAUUUGAAAUUAGUUCAGAAGGUUAUUUUGUUUUUAGGUAAGUCAUCUAAGUAGAAGAUGUUUAUUUAUAUACUUGCUAUUUGGAAGUGCUGGUAUUAUUUAGUUCUGUAUACAAAACAAAUAACUUUAAUUCAAGUUUGAUGUGAUUAAGAACUUUCAGAAACUAUAUACAAGUGCUUCAUUUUAACUCCCUCCUCUUUUAUAAGAAAGUGGACCUAGAAAUUUGUCCUGUAUGUUUUGUUUUGUGUUUGUCAGACAAAGUCUUUAUGUAACCCAGCCUGCCUUGAGCAUAUGAUCCUCUUGGAUUAUAGGCAUGAACCACCAUACUCAGCUUUUAGAAUGUUUUUGUUUUUCUUGAGAAACCAUUGUUGAAGAAAGGUAUUAGAACAUAGAGAAAUGACAUCACGCAUUGUGCAACAUUUCUUUACAAACUAUUCAUGCAAAUGUCUAAGCAUCGUAUGAGGCAUUGGCCUAGCAAGACCAUAAAGCGGUAAGAGUUUAGAAAUAAUGGAGAGAGCUGUGUGAGGACAGUGCACUGUGGGGUUUCAGGGCAAACAAACCUGAUCUUUCAGUUCUGCUUUUGUUUUUAUUUCAAGACAAUCUAGGUAUGUUACCCAGAGUUGCCUCAAAUCCUUUGACUCAGAACCAUCCUCCUGCCUCUGCCUUCCAAGAGGCUUAGAUUAUGGUGUGUGCCACCACACCUACAUGAUAUAUCAAGUUUGAAAAUAAAAAUUUAAAAUUGAGGCCAGCAAAAUGGCUCAGCUGGAAGAGUACUUGCUGCCAAUGCCAAGCCUGACGACCUCAGCUCAUGAGAUUCCUGGGGCCCAGAUGAUAAGGGAACAAGCUACUCCCAAAGAUUGUUCUCUUACCUCCAAUCUCACACAGCUUAAAGUAGUUCUAACUUCACCUUUAGAUCACAGAAUAUUUAAGGUUCAAGCAUUUUUUAAAACAAAUUAGUCUAUGAUCCCCACUCGUAAUAAAAUAUUGAUUGUUGAGAAGUUCUAUUUGUAGAAUAAAGUGAAUGUGAAAACAAGACACUCUGGAAGCUACUCUUCAAUUAGAUUUUACCUAUGAAGUAAAACAUCUCAAUGUUUUGAUUUUCAUUUUCUAUUUAUCUGCCCUCUCUGUGCACACCCACCUACCCAGACACUUUCUCUAGGUGUUUUGGAAAUGCCUCAAGCUUUUAGAAGGAAGUUUAGCUUCUGAUUUUCUUCAGCAUCUGCUGUGUGCUAAUUUCAGUGUUUAUAACUUUCACUGUUGUUUGCUGUAUCUUUAAUGUUUGGUGGAUUCAUUCAGUAAAUGGAGGAAAUAUCUCAUGGUAUUUCAAAAUAAAAUAAAGCAUGCUUUCCGUAAGAAACAGCAUCAGAACAUAUACUUUAGGCAUCAUAAAACCAGGAAUGAACCUAAAUAUAGCAGUGGCAGCUUUUCCAUUGUGUGGUUUAGGUCAGGAUUUAGGGGAUUACAGUUUCUCCUGUAGUGAUCAGGAAUGUUUCAGGUACUCUGAUGAUGAUGUGUGGUCUCCCUGGAAAUUAAGAGAUCAGUAAUGCUGGGCUGUGUCUUCAUACUCUUUUAUGAUCCUUUCCUGAAACCUCCUAGGCUUAUUCAGUGUAGCUUUCCCUGGCAUUAGCAAGAGAAUGAGGACAGUGGGACAGUGUCAUUGUGUCAGGUUGAGAGAAGCCGUCACUAGCUUCUGACCAGCUUAUUUUCUAUGUGGUCUAACCAGGGUUUACCAAAAAAAAAAAAAAAAAAA